AUGACCGACAGCGGCAUUGAUUCUCAGAAUAUGUCUUCUGAAGAAAAUAUCACUUCUGUUGAAAAUGUUGAAAGUUCUGAAGGUGGAAACCUCUCCGCAGCCAAGAAAGUAGAAAACAAGCCCCGGGCACCUAAAAUCUGCCCACUGUGUGGUGCAAUAAUAAUCCAGUUAAAACGUCAUUUUACUGGAGUCCAUAAUUUGUCUGAUAGAGAUGCUGCUGUUUUAAGCAGCCAGGGCGUGACCGCCAAAACCGAUAAAAAGGAGUGCCCGACAUGUGGUAAAUUCGUCACCGAAUUGGGCCACCAUCUAAUUAGAACCCACCACAUGUCGACCACCGAUCCUGAAUACUUCAGGAUGACCAGAAGGCAAAGUAGACCUCGCACUCUUACACAGGAGGAGGUAGACGUAGAGACAGAGAGGGCACAAGGUCAGGACGAGGAGGAGGAAGAUGACGAAUCUGAGAAACCGAAACUCCACGGACGGAGAAACAAGGGUCUUGCUGCAGGCCCUGUCUUGGAAACCCUCGAAUUAUUUUUUCAACACCUUCAAAGGGUGGAUAGGAAAGGCUUGAGUUUAAAAAAUGCAAAACAACAUAGAAACCAGGUGGAAAAUAUCUGGUUGAAUUAUGCUGGUGAACCAAGCAUUGAUAACUGGUCUAAUCCAAUCACUUACGAAAGCCAAGGGAAAAUGGAGAAGAAGAAUAUACAGCUUCCACAAGAAAUCCUCGCUUUCCGUCUACUCAAAAGAGCCAACAUAACACCGGAAGAACGAUUAUUGGUUUUAACAGGGAUGGAUUACAACAAGAUUGAUAAACUGUAUGAAGAUGCAAAACAGUCUUUGAGGAAAUUUAAAGGUGACACAUGUCCAGGUCAAACAAGACAGUCAAACCCAAUCGGCCAUAAUGGCAAAAUUAUGACUUGUAAGUCCUGUGGGUCAUUUAGACAUCUCAUCGCGCAAUGCCCAGAUAGUUGGGAAAACCUGGCUAGAGUAAACGUUACUAAUGAAGAAAAUGUAGUUCUUUGGACAGGAAACAAGGCUGAAAAUGUUGCGAAAUUAGGCGUUGAAGCUCAGAACAGUGUGGUUUUAGAGAGUGCUUGUUCCAGUACGGUGUGUGGCAAGACAUGGUUUGACAAUUAUGUGAAUUCCCUUGAUACUGGUGAAAAGUCGAAAGUAGUAAAAGCUAACGGAAGUAAGAUAUUUAAGUUUGGUGGAGGUACAUGCCUGAAAUCAUUGGCAAUGUACACUAUACAGGCAACAUUAGCUGGACAUGAUGUACUUAUAAAAACUGAUGUCGUUGAAUCGGACAUUCCUUUGCUCUUAUCCCGUAAAGCUAUGAAAAGUGCUCAGGAAUGUGAUCUGUGCAAACAAUACGUCAAGACGCCCCCAAGACCAGUUGUGUCGAUGCCCAUGGCAUCUAGAUUUAAUGAAAAGGUUGCUAUGGACCUAAAACUUUGGUGGGGUUUAUGGAUUUUACAUAUAAUUGACAUAUGGUCGAGAUAUACAGUGUCUUUAUUUAUUGCUAGAAAACGCCCCUGUGAUGUGAUAGAUGGACUGAUGGGACGUUGGGUGGCUGUGUUUGGUGUUAAGGGAGGAAUUAUGACUGAUAAUGGUGCACUGGAUGGUCUAACAAGCAGUGAACGUUUUGCAGAACAUUUGAAUGCCCUUCACUCGGCUAGAAGAGCAUUCAUUGAAACUGAAGCAGAUGAAAGAAUACCACGCGCUCUCAGAAACAAAGUUCGUGAAUCGGAACAAGUAUUUGUAAAUGGUGACCAGGUGUAUUAUAAACGGGAAGGCAAAGAUCGCUGGCUUGGUCCAGGCAGUGUAGUGUUUCAAGACGGUAAAGUGGUUUUUGUAAGACAUGGCGGUGUAUUCAUUCGCACUUCUCCUAAUAGACUGAUUAAGAAAAACAGUGGCAUUGCGAUAAAAUCAGACACCAAUUUGAACAUUGAGAGUGCAACUGAUACCACAAAACAGGACAUUAACGAGAUUCGUUUAGAUAUAUCUGCUCCGCAAGAUAAUGUUCAAUGUGUACCAUCAGAAACAUUAGCCAAAAAUGAUGGACUUUCUAGUGGCUGUGGUAAUGAUGCUAUUGGUGUUAAUCAUAAAAAUUUGCGCCCUGAUGAUGUGAUAGAGUACAAGAUAGAUGACUCUCCAGAUUGGAUACAGGCUACAGUGUUAAAUAGAGCAGGAAAAGCAACAGGUUCUUAUAGAAAUAAGUAUAAUGUUAGAGUUGAAGAAAGUGGUGAAAAGAUGAGUAUAAAUUUAGACCAAGUUAUAUGGAAGAGAAGUAAUGAAAAUGUCAAUGUUGUUAUGGAAAGUCUGCGUUUGAAGGAAGUUAAAACUAUUCGAUGGUGCGCUGGAGACCAACAGUUAGCCAAUUCAAUGACCAAACAGGGGGCUUCCGGUAGCUCUUUGCUAAAGGUUCUUAACAGUGGAAUGAUGCCAAGUGACAUGUUCUAG